AUGGGAGCGAAACACAGCAGCGGCAGCAAGGAGCUGAGCUCGAGUGAAUUAUCGCGGAUUCCCUUGGAAGAGUCAAAUGCCAUUAAGGAAGGUUUCAGCAAAGCCUGUCGGGGUUCCCCGAAAUGCCCUGGAGAAGACUUCAAUAAACUUGUGAAGCGGAACUGGGAAACUUCUUUGGGAGAUGCACUCAUUUCCAGACUGGGUUUGAAACGGGAUUCAGAUGGUUCCAUUGCAUUCAAAGAUUUCCAAACGUUUAGCGCAAAACUUCUGACGCGGUUUACCAGUGAACGUGCGAAGAUCGUUAUCCAGCUUGCGAAAGAUCCAACGAAGGAUCGGGUGACCAUUGGGGAUUUGAAAACAUUCACGAGGAAUUUGGUCAAAUCUUUCAUGAUCGGCCGAACAAACCGUGGGGAGACAUCUUGGUUCGAUGGCGAUACUGGGAUUCCGCAAGUGUCUGAAUCCCUAGUUUCCAGUGCUGGAACUGAUGACACCAAAGAACUUUCGAAUGAUGAUGUCUCCACUUGGCUAUCUGCGAACCCGCUCGUGAUGAAAAUGAUGGAAACCGUCGUUCGAGGAUUCUUGUGGCUUCCUUCGGGCUCAGAAAAUGCGCCGACUUCUACUCAAACUCAUUUGAUACCGAGUUGCGAGCACCCGUUUUUACCGAAGGCUCGAUUCCCAACGUUGCUCGGGCUUCCAUUUGUGACCAUGCUGAACUUUGAGUUGCCUUUGGAGUUUAGGCAUCAAUGGAGAUUCGUUUAUUCGUCCUAUUUGCAAGGAGAUAGCUUUACUGGAUUGAUAAACUCAAUUUUGGAUCGUGGGCCGACAAUUCUCAUUGUGAAAGAGCGUGGCAGUGAUGAAGUUUUUGGUGGUUUUGCUCCAUUGAGCUGGACUGUCAGUCCCAAUUGGCAAGGGAACAACACAGCAUUUGUGUUCACGCUGAAACCACGAUUAAGAAUUUAUAGGACUACUGGCUAUAAUGAUCACUUCAUGUAUCUGAACAUGAAUCAAGAAACGAUGCCCAACGGUCUGGGCAUGGGUGGGCAACACGAUUAUUUCGGCUUUUGGCUAGAUUCUGAUUUCGGGAAAGGUUUUGCUGCUCAAACAUGCACCACGUUCAAUGCCAAAUCACCUCUGUGUUCAACUGAGAGGUUUCAAGUUGACUGUAUUGAAGUCUGGGGUGUUGGUAGUGAACCCGAGAAACCAGAGGAGCGUAGAAGCAUUCUUGAUGUUGACCCCGGCGCGAAGGCGUUGCUGAAUAUGGCUGGUCGAGCGACUCAUAGUGACGGAUUGAGAAAUUUUUCUGAAAUCGACAUUGAACAGGCUAGUGCCGAGGCGGAAAUGUCGCGGAAAUUGGACGCGAGCAUUUCGCUCGAUUGUGAUGACGUGUUCGUACACUGUGAGCAAGGGAGUCUCGCCCGCGCUGCAUUUCCCGUGAUGGAGGAAAUUCGCAGGAGUGGGAAAUUGUGCGAUGUUACCGUCAAGGCGGCCGACCAACUGAUCAGUGCCCAUAGAAUCGUUCUUGCUGCCACGAUUCCUUAUUUUCACGCCAUGUUCACCCACGAUAUGGUGGAAAGCAAACAACGGGAAAUUACUAUUCAAGGCAUUGAGCCUUCAGCGUUGGAGACUCUGAUAAAUUAUGCGUACAGUGGGAAAGUGAUAAUAAACUGCGAUAAUGUGCAAUCAAUUCUGCAAGGAGCGGCGUUUCUUCAACUGGACGGUGUUCGAACGGCCUGUGGUGAAUUUCUGCUGAAAACAAUCCGGCCUGGAAAUGUUCUUGGGGUGAAAGCAUUCGCAGAAAGCAUGGGCUGCGCAAACCUUGCUCAAGAGGCCGACAAAUUCAUCAUGCAGAAUUUCAAAGCUGUUGCCAAAAUGACCGAGUUUCUUUCAUUAUCAAAAUCGGAGGUUCAGGAUAUUAUUGCGAGGGACCACUUGAAUGUUGAUUCGGAAGAAGUGGUUUUCGAAGCUUUAAGGACAUGGGCUCGUCAUGAUAGCUCUCGUGAAUCAGACUUCCCUGAACUACUGAUGUAUGUGAGGUUGCCUCUGUUAACACCGCAGUAUUUGUCUGAUCGAGUUGCUGUUGAUGAGUUUGUGAGGAAUUCUCUGAGAUGCAGGGAUUUGUUGGACGAAGCGAGAGAUUUUCAUCUGAUGCCGGAGAGGCGUUGUUUGUUGCAAACCCUGCGAACGAAACCCAGAGCAUGCAACGAUGUUGUCGGAUUGAUAUAUGCUGUCGGUGGUUUGGGAAAAUCCGGUGAUUCUUUGAGUACGGUGGAGUACUACGAUCCUCUAGUCGGACGUUGGCGGAUGGCUGAAGAGAUGAUCAUGCUACGAAGUAGAGUCGGAGUCGGAGUUCUACGAAACAAGCUUUACGCAAUCGGUGGUUACGAUGGCAGUGAACGUCUGGCUACAGUUGAGGAAUUCGAUCCAACCACCAAGCAAUGGCGCAAAGUUACAUCCAUGCAUUGCAAGCGAAGUGCGGUUGGAGCAGCUUCAUUGAAUGAUCGUUUAUAUGUUUGCGGUGGAUACGAUGGGGUUUGUUCACUGAAUACCGUGGAGUGCUUUGAUGCCAAGAGGAACGUUUGGUCUAUGGCGACAUCCAUGAGUAAGCACCGAUCGGCGGCGGGUGUUGUCACCUUCCAACAAAACAUUUACGCGCUUGGUGGACACGACGGAGUUGCUAUAUUUGACUCCGUUGAAAGGUUUGAUCCCAACCUUGCUCAGUGGUUCCCUGUGACGCCAAUGUUGACCAGGAGAUGUCGCCUUGGUGUAGCUGUGCUGAAUAACCUGAUGUAUGCUUGCGGGGGAUAUGAUGGUUCAUCGUAUUUGAAAUCUGUCGAAGUUUAUGAUGUAACGACGGAUGUGUGGAAGUACCUGGCUCCCAUGAACGCUGCUCGGAGUCGAGUGGCACUAGUUACAAAUAUGGGCAAAUUGUGGGCAAUUGGCGGCUAUGACGGAACGUCAACUCUGGCCACAAUGGAAACAUAUGAUCCAGAAAAGGAUGUGUGGACCCUGGCGCCAUCUAUGUGUGCACACGAUGGCGGUGUGGGUGUUGGUGUCAUACCCGUGACGAGCUUGCAUGAGGGCUUUGAUGAUUCGGACGAGGAUCCGUGAAGAUGUGAAACGAAAUACUGUAUCAUGCUACACACUCUCGAAGAAGAAAAUAAUUUUUAAAGAACGUUGGAGGAAGAAUGUCCUGAGGAUCAGAUCGCUGAAGGAUACUUUUUUCAUAUUUAUUGAUGGCGUUUUUCUUCGCUGUUCAUUUUCUUCAAAGGGACUUCGUACGCACAACUGAUAAAAAAUUAAUUUAAGUUUGACGAAAGUUCGCUGCUGUUUCCGUGAAUUUCAACAAAGACGUAUGUGUUUUUUCUGUUUUUUUAAGCAUUGAGACUUUUUUCAAUAUGGCUUCCAUUUUUUUUAGAUUUUUGAAUGUUCCUAUACUCGUAAUCACUCGUGAGACGUGUGAGGCUCCUGCAAAACGUGAUCAUGAUACAGUAUCAAGAAAUUAAAACUUCGAACUUUUGUCGAACCCCUCGUAAACUGGCUUGGCAGCGCAAUGCAACCAUUCAAGACAGAUUAAGAAUGAUUUUUUUUUUCCGUUUCUUAUCAAUUUUUGACAUGAAAAUUUUCCUUUUUCGGAAUAAUUCGGAGUUUUGUAAAAAAAAAAAUAAGAAAAAGGUCGUGGUUUUUGGUGGAGAGCGGGAUAAGCUUAUCCGAAUUGAUGGUUUUUCGAAGACGGUUCUUCGUUCAAGGAAUGUUGGAGACCUGUACGGUGUAGUGUACAAUCGUGUUGUCCGUGUUUCUUAUUGCUUUGCUCUUGAAGCCAGAUUGAGGAGUUGAAAUUCGUGUGAGUUCAGUCGUGUGAUUCGGAAAGUAUUGAAUACAUUGGAAAGCAAAAUUUUCACGGAUUUGUUGAGCAAUCGAGGAAAAUGAGAGUUUCAGUCAUGGUUGAAAAUUUUGUUCGAAAAGGGGGUGACAAUGUCGCUGUAAACUCACGAGCGUGGGAAUCUGUCACAGCCAAGUAAUUUUCUCCGUGGUGAUGUUUGAGGAAUUUCAGUUUCCUUGUGUUCAUGCUUGAUUUUUGCUUAUAUCAGAAUAUAUUCGCCAGAUCUCGUUAGAAUUUUUCUGCGUCGCAUUUUGAAUUCCCCCGAUUAAAGAAAAAUAAUUUAGACAAUCUGAGAAGAUCUCGUGUGUUCAUGUCUUUUUUUUCGGAUCAGAAUGUAGCGUGAUUUAGUAAGAAUAUUUAUGCUUCGCAGUUGCUAUUCAACUGAGUGACAAGAAGUAAUUCGAGCGACAUUGUGACUUCGAUGCUUUAUUUUUUAUUUUUGAUUAAUCUGAUU